AGGAAAUUCUGGACAUAGUUCAGGAACUUCCCGUUGAACCCUUGAGAAACCCAGGCUUUUUUCCUCCAGGGGGGAAAAAUCCCCUCCAUGGCAUUGUCCAAUGGUUGUAAGGGAUUUGAGGGCUUUAUGACGAAGGGUAGGAGAAAACCCAACCGGCCCCGUAUAAAAGCACCCCCCGGGGGAUGAGACCCUUCAGUCUAAUCUUUUCUUUUCUAGUCACCAGUAGUCAAGUGCUACAAAGCAUUCCUAGUCUAUCUUGCAAUUAAGAAGAUUUUUGCAAUUUUCCAUCACAGAUAUGUUGAGAAGCGAAUACGCAGCAUAUAAUACAUCGACAUUGGCGAUGUUAGACGACGAUUGUCUGGGUCAAGAUUUACAGUCAUGGGAUCUAUUUAUGGAUUCUGGAGUUCUGGAGCCAAAAGAACCCAAUAACAACCACUUGUCGCUCGAAAUGUGCACCUUCGGGAACGAGUGGCAAUCUGUGGAAGGGACGUUUUUUGGGGAAAUCAACUAUUGGAGACAAGAUGCCAUCCCCGAACCGAGGUCGGCUGCGGAAAAUUCUGCCUACACUUAUUCGGUUUAUGGAGCAGAAGAUCAAAGUACGUGGCAGAAGCAGGAAACACAAGAAAGCUCGAGUUACACAACCAACACGACUGGAGAUUUAGACGAUCUGAUGAACGUGGUGCCGUCCAAUUUCUCCAACGAUUACGUUGCACAAGCUGAAAAUGCGGAAUCGCUAAACCUCCUUGAAAUGAAGAACUCGACGACACACGCUCCUGAUGCCAUGACUCUCCAUCAAGAAAUCUCAUACCCUCAGAACAUCCACGGACUCGUGGACUUGACAUCCGACCUAGCAGAAACGCCAGAACUAUAUUGCCCGAACGGUUCUGUUUACACUUAUUCGGUCUACGGAGCGGAAGAUCCAAGUACGUGGCAGAGGCAGGAAACACAAGAAAGCUCGAGUUACAGAACCAACACGGCUNGCCUUCCAAUUUCUCCAACAAUUUCGUUGCACAUGUUGAAAAUGCGGAAUCGCCAAACCUCCUUGAAAUGA